CGGGGUCGAAGUGCAGCGGUGAGGGUUCAGCGCGGCUGAGUGCCGCUGAUGCUUUAUGACAACCUGUGCAUUUGUCAUGUUACUUUUGCAUGCUUAAUCGACUGACUUUAAACCUGUGUAUGUGUAACAGCGUGAAUGGUAACGAAAUCAUGAGUGCGAACGAAGAUCAAGAGAUGGAACUUGAGGCUCUUCGCUCUAUUUAUGAAGGGGAUGAUUGCUUUAAAGAGCUGAACCCAGUUACUUUUCAGUUUAGAAUUGGAGAUCACGACGAUGCUAAAGCAUUUCUGUUAGAAAUCUCAUGGCCAAAAACCUAUCCUGAAACAGCGCCACAAAUAUCGCUCGAUGCUUUUUUCAACAAUAGAAUAUCUCUAGAAACAAAGCAAGCAAUAGCAUCCAAACUGGAAGAGCAAGUUGAGGCCAAUCUUGGAACUGCCAUGAUGUACACUUUGUUUGAAUGGGCAAAAGAAAACCAGGAAUCGCUCAUGGAGAACCAUCGUCCAGUUGCUGGAACCAUGACUCCAGUCACUUUAACAUCCAGCAGCGACUCUUCAAGCUUGAAUGUCACCAUCAAAAAGAAGGAAAAGAAGGAGCAAUUAACUAAAGCUCAAAAAAGGAAAAUAACAGGACGAACAGAUAACAAGGGUGAACUUCCUCGGGGGUGGAACUGGGUUGAUGUUAUCAAGGUAAAAAAAAAAUAAAGCAACGUUGGCUGGUUUUGUUGAGUAAGUUUUUUUUAAGAAGCAUAUAGUGUUGAAAAUGUGACAACCCCCCUUCAAAGUUUUGGACAUUCCCCCUAAUUGUCAUUUUAAGAAAUUGAAAUGUUGUAGGACGAACUAAAUGACCCAUGUUUCGUUUUUAUCUGUGUGUGUCCUGUCAAUGCUCCAUAUUUACCUUGGGGAUGAAAAAACGAAUACAGCACCUGAGCAAAACAGGAGGGAAGGAGGACGAAUAAAGUCCCAGGAAAGUGUCUGGAGGAUUUUCAUCAAAGUGCAAUGAACUCUUCUGACCUCACUCGUUCCUCCCAUUGUAGGUCUGUCAAUGCCUCAGAGGCCAUUGUGUGACCAGAGAGCUGUUUCUCUUAUUUUAUCUGUUUUGCCGAAAUAUAAGCAAGGUUUUGGGAAGAGAUUGACAGGUCUGUGAUAGCAACACAUCUGUAGAACUGUUUAUUUUGUAACAGGGUGACUGUGAUGUACGGGGUGGCUGUUUUUGUCAUAUCCUUUGCUUCAGUGACAUCCUGUAAUAGUUUUGUGUUCUGAGCUGGACGUGAUGACAGACUGCGAAACAAGUGUUGUUUCAAGUGUUUAUCUUGGCAAAUAAGAAAAUAGCCACCAAACUGUAGGGAAUUGGGGAUUUGUAUCAUCAGUCAAAAGAUCAACUUAGCAGGCAAAAUCAGAUCUGCAUUUAAACUUUCUGACGACACUAACUCAGGCACAUGUCAUUUUCAGAAUAGUUGCCAAAGGCCUGCAUCAAUAGGCAGGAGUUAAUGAAGUAAAUAAGGCAGGAAGUGGUAAGAUGUUUUCUGGCCUAUUACACACACACACCAUAUUUGCAGAAUGAGCAUUAUGGCUUGAACUAUUGCUCAAUGUGAGAUGGACAGCAGCCUCUACUUCACUAGUCAUUUUGUGUGUGAUAUUGUGCUGUCCAAAAAUAGCAGGCUUCACCUUUUCAGUGAAUGUUUAUGCUGCUCUUGCGAAUGUUUAGACCUGUCUUUUCCCACAGAACAGCUUUUGAGAUUAAAUGUUUUUUAAUGAAAAAUCCAAUUGAUGUUUUCUUUGAAAUGUCUUGUCUGCAUAUACAUUGAGUUUUAUAUGCUGUGUUGUUACAAUAAAGAAAAUAGCAAUGA